AUGGAUCCAGAGCGGUUGAAGUCCCUCACCAACAAGCGAAGCGUCAUCCUCGCGAAGGUGAAGUGGGAGUUGUCCGUCGCGCAAGCCAUCAAAACCCGCAAUCCGUCCCUCGGCGAAGUGGCGGAACGGCGGGACAAGUUGACCGACCUCGCUCGGUGUUUCGAAGGCAUUCAGACCGAGAUCGAGGAGGCCACGCCGAACCUGGAGGAAGUGGUCACGGUGUUCAACCACCGAAUCCUGUUCGAGGAGGCGUACUUCCAGAUCAAGGACCUUUACACGGAGUACUUGGACCAACAUGUGGAAGAGCCAGAAGCCAGAUCGGAAAACCGGCAGGACAACGAUUUGCGGGACGCCGUCAGGGCGCUCCUGGAAUCGCAGCAGCAGAUGCUUCUCGCACAGUGCCAGAAACCAACACCGCAAUCGUUGGCGCUAGCGGCGGGGAGCCAGGUAUCGAACUCGAUACCCCAAAACGUCGUCAAGCUUCCACAGAUCGACAUCCCAAAGUUCACCGGGGAGCGCAAACAUUGGCGCUCGUUCAAGGACCUCUUCGAGUGCACAAUCCACAACCGGACCGACCUGCGGGAUUCGGUCAAGAUGCAGUACUUGUUUUCAUACCUGGAUGGGGAAGCGAAGGGGAAGGUUGACUCGUUUUCGAUUAACGAGGACAACUACCGCGAGGCGUGGGAUGCACUCGUGACGUUUUACGACAAAAAGAAAUACACGGUGUUUGCCCUCGUCCGGGAGUUCGUUGACCAGCAACAAGUCACGAGCUCGAACGGGUUGAAGAAACUCGUGGCAACAUCCGAUGACGUCGUUCGCCAGCUGAAGGCACUGGGAAGGGAGUACGAGUCACGAGACCCGUGGCUCAUCCAUUUGCUGCUUGAGAAGCUGGACCGAGAGACGCGCUCACUGUGGGCGCAAAGGAUCAUCAACAUCGAGAACCCAACUUUUGCCGCGUUUUUGGAGUUUUUGCAGCAGCGAUGCGAUGCUUUGGAGACAUGUUUGGCCUUUAGCAAGAAACCGGCCUCCGAUUCGACGAAGAAGGGGAUGCACGUUUUGCACACAACCGCUGUUGCGAGCUGUGCGAAGUGCAGCGAGGGUCAUCCGACGUACCACUGCGAGCAGUUCAAGGCCAUGGACGUGGAUGGACGGCGGGAACUAGUUCUUUCUCAAAAGCUGUGCUUCAACUGCCUUAAGCCGUCCCACACAACGAGCAAGUGCCCUUCGAAGUCAGCGUGCCACAAACCCGAUUGCAACCAACGGCACCACACGAUGCUGUGCUAUCAGCAGCAGCUUCAAGACUAUGAACCGGAAGAGACGGACCACGACCUAAGUCCACAACUUCCGGAGGAGACGGAAGAGGUCUGGUCGUUCUCAGCAAACGCAGCCCGAACGAAGGCGAACAAGCACGGCCCGUCGACGGCAGCACUGUUGCCUACGGUGGUCGUCAACCUGCAAGGAAAGGACGGUAAGUUGCACCAGGUGCGAUGCCUCGUCGACAGUGGAUCCCAAGCGUCCUUGAUCACGGAGGCAUGUGUCAAGCGCAUUGGAUUGAAGCGCACGAAGGUCUCUCUGGAAGUAUCUGGAGUAAACGGGGAAAUUGUCGGCAACACGGCCGGCGCAGUUACGCUGGUGAUGUCUUCGCGUUUCAACGGAGAAGCCAAGCUCACCACGCAAGCCUACGUGUUGGGAAGGCUGACGGCAACACUGCCGAACCAGCGCUUCAGCGUAGCGGAUCUGCCCUUCCUGGAGGGGCUGGAACUAGCGGAUCCGGACUUCAACAGUCCAAGCGAGAUGGAUGUGAUUCUCGGAACUGAUGUCUUCUUGUCCAUCCUGUGA